AUGACCGCGCUCCAUUUGGCGCCGCUCUUUCUCUCGUAUCUACACAGUGACGCCAUUACCGCAUGUUGCUAUUCCUCAUUGAGACCUCCGCGUUGUCUCCCGUUGAAAUGGCGGCCUUGUUAUGCAGUACAGGCAUUUCCCAUACACUGGGUAGGCAGGGUCAAUAAGUCAGUCAGCGAACUGUGGGUUUCUUGGGGCCACGCCGACAUGCGACUCGGUCGAUCUGGUUCAGAUCUUAGACAUGAGAGGAGAGACACAGACGCACACGAACGAGACGAGACGGAGAGACAGAGUCAAAAUGGAAACAUGACCGUCCACCUCGUCAUCAACCGCGGCUACUAUACAUGGCCGCGGCUUUUUCUUGGGAUGUGGCAGAGAUCCCAGACGCGCUCAUUCCGUGACAUCGCGGCAAUUUCAUACCAAACUUGGGGAGAGACGCUGCGUGGGACCAUGGGAUGGGGUCCCGUCUGCCAGCCUGAGAGGGCUGAGUCGUAUGACAGGCAUCUGGUAACUCUACCAAUCAACCCGAGGCCAAAGACAGUGGUGGGUGACCGAACCCCAGCUCGGCCGAUACCCUUCGAAGGAGUGCCUUGCAUUUUUUCGAGCAACCUCCAUGUCCCCCCGUGUCCAACACCCUUGAAUACCCAUGUACAUACACACAGCUGA